AUGGCAUCCAAAGAUGCUGAGACCUUCGUCUCAGGCUCGGGCUCGAAGCCAGGCGCCGCUGAUGCCGAACUGGCUGAGGCCAUUCGUCUGGAGCAUAACCUAACUUUCUCCGAAGCUGUCAAGCUCUACCCGGCUGCCAUUGGAUGGUCAGCCUUCGUGUCUCUUGGUGUCAUCAUGCUCGCCUUCGACCCUCAGCUGCUGGGAAAUCUCUACGCCACGCCUCAGUUUCAACGAGACUUUGGCUAUGAGUACGAAGGUGCCGCAUGGCAAACUGGGCUUUCCAUGGGCAACCCUGUUGGUCAAGUUGUCGGUGCUCUCUUCGCGGCGUAUCCCAUGGACUGGUUUGGUCGAAAGCUGACCUUUUCUGCCUGUGUCGUUUUGACCGCGGCGAUUGUCUUCAUUCAAUUCUUUGCCCGCUCACUUCCCGUUCUGCUUGUGGGGGAGCUUCUUGGUGGUUUGGUCCUGGGCAUGUAUGUUGUCAUUGCCCCGGCCUAUGCCUCAGAGGUUUGUCCCACUGCGCUACGUGGUCAUCUGACAUCUUACGUCAAUCUUUGUUUCGUUGCCGGUCAACUUCUGGCAAACGGCGUAACAGCUGGCACCUCCAAGCUUGAGACUCAUUGGGCAUAUUCUCUGCCUUUUGCACUCCAGUGGUUCUGGAUCCUAGUCAUCCUCCCUGGCCUACUCUUUGUACCGGAAAGCCCGUGGUGGCUGGUACGAAAAGAGAGACUGGACGAGGCAGAGAGAAGUCUCAGACACUUGGCAUCUAACAAAGUAAACGUCGCCGCAACAUUGGCGUUCAUUGUAGAGACCGACAAACUCGAGCAGGAGCUUGAGGCCGGAAGCACAUAUUGGGACUGUCUCAAAGGAGUGAAUUUAAGACGAACAGAGAUCUCUGUUGGCGCCUACUGCACCCAGGUCCUCAGUGGCAUCUAUCUCAUUAACUAUGGCACAUACUUCUUUCAGCAGGCUGGAUUGCCUACUGACAAAGCAUUUGAUAUGGCCAUUGGGUUUCUUGCUGUUGGAUUUGUCGGCACAGUAAUCUCAUGGUACUUCCUCAUCCACUAUGGUCGCAGGACUAUCUACAUCACGGGAUUGGCUGCCUUGGUUGUCCUACAACUCAUAAUUGGCAUUCUCGACUGCGUUCCAGGCCGACCCUCCGGUGUGAUGUGGGCAGAGUCAUCCCUCAUGUUGAUAUGGAAUUUUGCAUAUGAUCUCUCAGUCGGACCGGUCUGUUUUGUGCUCAUAUCCGAGGCCUCCGCAACAAGAGUGCGAUCCAAGACUAUUGCUCUUGCAACCGCAGCUCAGGGUGUUCUGGGUAUCAUUAUGACGGUGGCGAUCCCGUACAUGAUCAACCCCGACGAGUUAAACAUGCAGGGGAAGCUCGGGUUCUUUUUUGGAGGUCUGGCGGCUUUGUGCUUUUGCUGGGCAUGGUUUCGAAUUCCUGAGACCAUGGGCCGUACGUACGAAGAGCUGGACAUUCUCUUCGACAAGCGCGUGCCGGCCCGGGACUUCAAGGGUUACGUAGUAGAGGGUAUGGCAUCCCCUAGCGCUUAA